AUGGAUUCCUCAACAUUGGAYAAGAUCUCGGAGCUGGGAGAUUUAGAUCUGGCUCUCCUCGUGUCUCGCGUCGCCGAACAACACUGCAUCUUCUCGGCGGCGGUGGAAAGCAUCAAGAAUCUCCAAGAAGAGCUCCGUCUAUCCUGCAUCGACACCUUCGGAAUCCAACCGGCGGUGGUGGAAUGCUCCCCCCAAACGACCGUCGACGAAUUCAACUCAAGCCUCCUCGUGCCAUUCAACAAUGGCAGCAAAGAAGCAGCCGAUCGCCAUCAUCUCCUCAACCUUCCCACCUUUGAAGUCGACUAUUCCCCCUCACGAGAUCACAGUCCGCGUCGCUUCGGCAGCAUCGCCAACGGUAUAGAAGACCUCUGCAUUGCGGAAAUCAUCAUCGCCACGCGUUUGGACACGGCGGACGAAUGUGUACAAGUCCAAGCCUUGGAACUCCUCACCUCUCGCCGCAUCUUCACCCGCUCCUCCAUGCACGUCGCGCCGAAAAAUCUCCUCUUCAUUGCAAUCUCUUCCUCCUCCGCCCCUCAAGCAAAACUCUCCCGACAUUUAAACGACGUCUUUUGCAUGUCGCACUUUCACGCUGCUGAAGAUGCUCUUCCACAUACAGAGGAGAACAACAGGCGAGAAAAGUGGUUUCCUCCCACCUUUGAUGCGGAAGAAAUUCAAUAUCUUCAAGAUCUCACCAAAACAGUCCACAUGACGGCCGAAAUUGCUCAGUAUCUCCACAACGUCGUGGUAUUUCUACGAAAUAGCCGCUUCGUGCAAGCCGGCGUGACAGCAACCGCCACACGACAACUGCGUAGUUUGAGUCUGGCUCUCGCUCCUUUACAUGGAUUGACAUAUGUGCCUCCGUCGAUUGUCGCCUUGGCUGCUCGGAAGAUUUAUCGACAUCGUUUGGUCUUGGCGACGCCAAAGACGGAGAGGAGUUUGUUGUGGGGAAGUCAUCCCGAAGCUGUUAGAUUGUUGCUCGAGGGCGUUACUGUCGAGGAUGUUAUUGAGGAUGUGCUUGCUGGUUUGGAGACGCCGUUGUGA